AUGGCAAAACAAAUUGUAUAUCUAGAUGACCCUAAAGCCAGGAGCGGUUGGAAAGUUGUUCAGCAGAUGGAUCAGAGGAACGUGUAUGCUAUACCAGAACUAGACACAACUGACAACGACGUCACUGACCAACGUUUGGAGUCUUCCAUGGAAAAUGAUGCAGAAACACUUCGAGAUACAAAUGUUAUACAAGAACCAUUUCAGAUUCAAGGAGUGUCUUCAAUCGAAAUACCGAUUCAGUCAAUUACAAUUGACCUCGGUGAUCUUCCGCGAUACGAUGUUCCAGUGGGCCCAAACUACGAAAGUGAUGAUAGCGACGAUAACGAAGGUUAUUAUAGUUCAGAUGAUGAAUAA